CAUAAAAACAUUCAUCCUAAUUCCAAACCAUUCAAGUGUCUAACUUCUUCUUCUUCCCAGAAAAUAUCCCUUUUGCAACGAUUGUUCCAUUGAAUUUGGUAUUACUAUAUUUUUGCAACAGUUUAAAGAUUGUUGUGAGUUGUGACAUCCUCUAGAAUAUUACUUUUUGUAUUCUUCACUGCAGCUAUAGCCAUGGCCUCCCUUUACCCAAGCGAUUAUGAAAAAUUUUCAGCUCCACCACCGCAGUUUGGCCAAGCUGCCUCCACCGGGAUUCCAGUCAGCUCCUCGAACCAAUUCUACACAGAGAGUUCUCAUAGCAACACCCUUAUUCAGACUAAAACUAGAGUCCCUUGGUCCUCGGGGCUCUGCGACUGCUCCUCUGACUGGAAAAAUUGUUGCAUAACAUGUUGGUGUCCUUGCGUCACCUUUGGCCAGAUUGCCGAGAUCGUUGAUAAAGGAUCUUCAUCUUGUGGUGUAAAUGGAGCACUUUACACGCUAAUCGCCUGCGUAACUGGGUGUACUUGUUGCUACUCAUGCUUUUACCGCUCCAAAAUGAGGCAGCAGUACAUGCUGAAGAAAAGCCCAUGCGGGGAUUGCCUUGUCCACUGCUUCUGUCAGUACUGCGCCUUGUGCCAAGAGUACCGUGAGCUCAAAACCCGCGGUUAUGACUUAUCCAUAGGGUGGCAUGGAAAUAUGGAAAAGCAUAAUCGUGAAGUGGCUAUGACUCCAAUGCCGCCGGUUGUGGAAUCAGGCAUGAGCAGAUGAAGUAAUAUCUGAGUGCCGAAUAACUGUCAUGUAAUUAUGUAUCAUGUCUUGGAAAUCACAACUGUCAUGUAAUUACAUGUUAUGUCUUGGAUAUUACUCUUAUGAUUUUAAGGUUUUUUCCCAGUUCUAUCGAUGAUUGUGUUGCGUAAGUCAUAUUCUAAGAAGUCUGAUGGUUGUACGUUGAGUUCCUAAGGUUUUCUCCUGCUUAGAAUUUAUAUAAAUAAUAAGUGAAACAAAUGAUGCAGAUUAUAAUA